AUGCAAGAGUCUGAAUUGCCUUUUGUAGGCGCAAACCCUGCAGAAGCAGCUGGCCAAGGAGAUGGACCUGGUCCUCCAAGUCUGCAGAUAAUCGUGCUGGGUCCGACAGGAGGUCCCCGUGAGGAUAGAGUCACUGGACUUUUGGUCCGAUCCACAUCCACCAAAUGGUCCGCAAACUCGAUAGUAGCUGUUGAUGCGGGCACCCUUCUAUGUGGCAUCAUCGACACUUUGGAACCAUGUGAUAAUAACCAAAAGUCGUCGGAUCAGGGGCCAUUUGCUGGGCUCGAACUGCCUCAUAACAAUGUACCAGCAAAUGCAGCCCAUGUUUUCCGGCAUAUUAUCGGCGCUGUCUGCAUCACACAUCCUCAUCUAGACCACCUGUCGGCGUUUGCCAUCAACACUCCAGUUCUGGAGGCUGGAAGUGGCGCGAAAACGUUGGCCGCCCUGCCUUCGGUGGUUGCUGCCAUCAAGACUCACGUGUUUAACGAUGUGAUUUGGCCAAACCUCUCUGAUGAGGAUGGCGGUGCUGGCCUUGUUACCUACCAGCGACUAAUGGAGGGCGGAAACCCCAUGAUGGGGCGUGGUGAUGAAAAAGGCUAUACGCGAGUCUGCGAGGGCUUGUUGGCAAAAUGCCUGGCUAUCAGUCACGGGUGUUGCAGGCAGAGAUCUAGCGUCGACAAUGACAUUCAACGCCGGAUGAGCAGCGCCCCUUUUGGUGUUGACCCAAUGAGGUUGAACCCAAGGGCCUAUUCCAUGUCAUUCGACGAGCCAGAGACCGGCUACUUUUCCGGAGCACGUUCGCCAGGCUAUCGCGUACCCGGCAAGGAUGGCUGGGCCACCGUGGAGUCGUCAGCUUUCUUCAUCCGUGAGCCUACGACAAAGCGAGAAGUGAUCAUCUUCGGCGACGUUGAACCUGACUCGAUCUCAAUGAAUCCGCGCAACAGACGCGUGUGGGAAGCAGCAGCACCGAAGAUCGUUGCCUCUCAACUGCGAGCGAUCUUCAUUGAAUGCUCCUAUAACGAUGAUGUUGACGACGCCUCCUUAUACGGCCAUUUGUGCCCACGUCACUUGAUCGAUGAAUUGAUUGUAUUGGCACAGAAGGUUACAGAAUUGAAAUACCCAGAUUCAUUUUCGAUAAGAAAACGCAAACGUGCGAGUGCCCCCGAGGCAGCUGGCGAUCCAGCUCUCAGUCCCAAGUCAAAGAAGGCUGCUCUCGCUGGCGAGAAAAGUGGAGGAGGCUCUCGUCGGGGAUCGGCCAGGACGUCACGUCGCCAUACGCGUGCCAGAGUUGCUGUAGAAGACAUUGACGAAAAUAUGGAAGGAAGCCCAGCCGUUUCCCACGCUCCGAGUGAAGUUGGUAUGGAUGUAUCGCUGGCAGAAAGUUCAGACCCUCUCACGGUGCUCCAGUGGCCAGAACCACCUCUGACCGGACUACUGGUCUAUAUUAUACAUAUUAAGGACGAUAUGAAUGAUGGCCCACCUCCUCAGGAGCGGAUCCUGCAAGAACUCAAAGCCCAGGGACAAGCUGCCGGACUAGGAUGCGAAUUUCGAGUCCCCACACGUGGCGAGAGCGUCUUGAUCUGA